AUGACGCAAGUUCCAGCGCAGCAACAAAAUGUGUGCAAAAAAGAAGACAAUCUGCAGGAUUCGGGGUUUCCAGAGCCGCCACCAGUCGAGGAUGAUUUGGGCAUCGCUCGUGGUACACUUCGCGUUCUGCGCGCCGCUUUGGAACUCAACAGGCUCAAGAAUCAAGUGUCUUCUGGCUUCAAUGGCUUAACUUGCCGUGGUCGACUGCACCCAAGCCCUCGUCUCCCAUUCCGGAUCUACGAGCCUAUGGCCACAGAACCAAAGUAUAUCAUUCAAUUGCUUGAAUUCAGCGUUGCGAACCUCUUGCUAAUCAUUUGGCCAGAGACAGAUCCUCCUCGAAGAACCACGAGUGCCACCCGAGAAAGUCACUACCUGGAACUGGAAGUUGCUGGCCAGCCAAGACACCUAGCUGUCCAUUGUCUUCCGUCUAACACGAGAGGCUCGCCACGAGGGUUCGCGCUAUUACUAUAUGUGCUAGGAUAG